AUGGCUAUUAUCGAUAUCAACACUAUUCUUGAUCCUCCGAUGAAGUUGGCUGCAAAACUAAAAGACACUCUGAAUGCGAUAACCCCUCGUCUUCCAAACGACAUCAGAGAUAAGCAUCGCUGGUAUCAAUGCACCAUUCAAAACGCUACCCAGUUCGACAUACGUCUCGAGGAUAGCUAUUUCAAUGCGGGAAAGUACUUGACAGCACCUAAUCUGGUGGGCCUAUAUGGACAAAUGACAUUCACUGCGUAUAACGAUCGAUUCGCGGCAUCUACCGGCCUUUCUUUCUCGGCACAUUUAGGUGAGACUCAUCGAUCUUAUUUCGCCAUAGGACCUGAUGCUCUGGCCACGGGAGGGUUUAGGGCUGGUGUCGUGGAAUCGGAUUCUACAAAAAUAGGCCUUUAG